AUGUCUCGUCGUUACGAUUCCCGCACAACCAUCUUCUCGCCGGAGGGCCGUCUCUACCAGGUCGAAUAUGCGCUCGAGGCCAUCUCCCACGCCGGCACUGCCAUUGGCAUCCUCGCCAAGGACGGAAUCGUUCUUGCUGCAGAGCGCAAGGUGACGUCGAAGCUGUUGGAGCAAGACACAUCCGCCGAGAAGCUGUACAUCGUCAACGACAACAUGCUUGCUGCCGUUGCUGGUAUGACGGCCGAUGCCAACAUUCUCAUCAACUAUGCCCGCCAGGCCGCCCAAAGAUACCUCCUCACCUACAACGAAGAUAUCCCCUGCGAACAGCUCGUCCGAAGACUCUGCGACCUCAAGCAGGGCUACACACAACACGGUGGUCUCAGACCGUUCGGUGUUUCCUUCAUCUACGCCGGCUGGGACCCCCGCAGACAAUUCCAGCUGUACCAGAGCAACCCUUCAGGCAACUACGGUGGAUGGAAGGCUACGGCCGUUGGUGCGAACAGAGCUAGCGCUGAGAGCUUGCUCAAGCAGGACUACAAGGAGGACUGCACCCUGAAGGAGGCAUGCGGUAUGGCGGUCAAGGUUCUGAGCAAGACCAUGGACUCGACAAAGUUGAGUGCUGAGAAGCUCGAGUUCGCCACGGUCGGCCAGACGGAAGAUGGCAAGAUCUACCACCGCCUCUGGACAGCGGAGGAGAUCAAGGAACUGCUGAAGGAGCACGACUUGGCGAAGGAUGAGUCUACGGAGGACAAAUAA